AUGAUCGUUAACGGUGCAUCUGACCCUAUUUUAUGCCAUUGUUUUCCGUCCUUUCUAGAUGGUCCUGCACUUGACUGGUUUUCCUCUUUGCCUGCAGAUUCAAUUUCAUGUUUCCAGGAGUUGGCAAAGCAAUUUGAAGAUCACUUUGCAGCGUCGGCGAUAUAUUUGCAUGACUCCGACUAUUUGACGACUGUUAAGCAAGGCCCUCAAGAAAGUUUGAAGGACUACAUUACCCAUUUUACGAAGAUAGCUAUGAGAAUUCCCGAUCUUCAUCCUGAAGUACACUUGCAUGCAAUCAAAAGCGGCCUUCGACCAGAAAAAUUUCAGGAAGCCAUUGCAGUAGCCAAGCCAAAGACUUUAGCUAAGUUUCGAGAGAAGGCCAAGGGACAGAUCGAUAUUGAGGAGCUUCGCCAGGCUCGCAAUGCUGAAAAGUCGGCAACUACUAAAGACGACGAUAAACCUCGGGACAAUAAGAAGAGUUUCAAGCGUACCCUCCGUUAUGAGACGUACACACAGUUUAAUGCGAAAAGAGACGACAUUAUCAAAGAAAUUUUGAAUUCCAAGUUGAUUAAACCUCCUCACAAAGCUGGCAGUUAUCCUGAGCUGAGGAAUGUCGACAAGUCCAAGUAUUGCACAUUCCAUCAAAAGUAUGGUCACACAACCGACAAAUGUGUGAUCGCCAAAGAUCUUUUGGAACGAUUAGCAAGACAAGGACAUCUUGAUAAAUUCAUCUCAAUACAUAUGCAGAAAAGAACCGUUCCAACUUCAGAUCCAUCCCCUGCAGGAUCAUCAUCAAAGGACAAGGAAAAGGCCCCUGCUCAACUUAGGGGCAUAAUCAAUUGCAUUUCGGGCGGUUACGUUGAAGGAGGACAAACAAGCUCGGCAAGAAAGCGGACGUACAGGGCCAUGUUGACGCUUGGAGAUACCACCAAUAAUCCUCAACCAGUGUAG